CCUGGAACGGUAUAUAAUGGCUUAUCUCGUUUGGGCCAGGCUGUCUCAGAGGUGUCGGUUGACCAUCCCAAUCCAUGGCCACUACUGCAAUUCCGUCAGACAUAGCAAACAUUGCUGGCCCGAUACUAUUCGCGGAUUUCAUUCACUGGGGAUUCUUUGGCAUAUUGACUGUACAAGUUUAUCUUUAUUGCUAUGCAUUUCCAAGGGAUUCGACAGCCUUCAAAGCUCUCGUCUACUCAAUCUAUCUGGCUGAGACGGCACAAGCUCUCCUUCUAACCCACGAUGCUGUCAUUAUGUAUGCGCGGCACUUCGGAGACGUGAGCGCUCUGGACGCAGUCGAGACAGCCUGGCUCGCUAUACCCGUUUUAUCAGGCAUAGUGAGCUGCGCCGUACAGCUAUGCUACACAUACCGCAUCUAUAUCUUGUCAAAGUCGAAGCCGCUCGCGUUCGGAAUCUCCGUGAUUGCAGCCACCCAAGCAGUUGCUGGUAUCGUCGGUGGCGUGCAGGCUCAUCGAGCUGCUAAGUACAGCUCGGUGAAUUCCAAAGCGUUCGUCGCCAUUACAAUUUGGUUAGGCGGGAGUGCUUUGUGCGAUUUAGCCAUCGCUGCGUCAAUGACAGUGCUUCUUCGACGCAGUGAUUCUGGGAUGCGCGCAACUCACGCAUUAUUAUCAAAAAUUAUUCGAUUGAUAAUUGAAACUGGCUCUUUGACAAGUGCUCCAUCCAAUAUUCGUAUCUGUCACCGUCUAGAGCCCUACUAAACUAUCUCGGUCUUGUGCUCCCAGCUGUCAUGGCAAUUACCGAAGUGGCUGUCUUCUUUACCUUCCCCCAGCUGAACUACUACGUCUGCCUCUCUAUUAUCCGCGCUAAAUUAUACUCCAAUUCUCUACUGGUGGUCUUCAACAACCGUAUUCGUAUCAAUAGUCAAAUGGAAGCGGAUUCUGUCGUCAUCU